UGUCAUGUCAAAGAACGCCAUAUCCAUUGUUAUUUCGAUUCCGGAAUAAAUCUAGAAAAUAUUGUUCUUAUAAAGGUUUAGAAAGUACAGAACAAUGAGUGAAUUAGUUUGGGGAAUUAAAAACGGCGAUAUCGAUCAAGUAAAAGACAUAGUAGAAAACAAGAAAAUUGAUGUCAAUGCACUAAUUGAUGGAAGGGUCCCUCUUCACUAUGCUGCUGACUAUGGUCAGACAGCUGUUUUGAACUAUUUGUUGGACAAAGGAGCAGACCCUAAUAUGUUGGACAAACAUGGCAUUUCAGUACUGUUAGCAGCAAUUUGGGAAGGUCACACCGACUGUGUUAAAACAUUACUCAAAAAUGGUGCAUCUAAAAACGGAAAGACCCCAGAUGGAACACCAUACAUCGAAGCUGCAGAAAAAGAUGAAAUCAAGGAACUUCUCACAUAGAAAUGAAAUCUUUUAUACCAGAACUAUAUAACAAGUAAUCGCUCAGAUUUGUUUUGAUGCUAAGAUAAAAUCACUAAGAUCAAACAAUAAAUUAAUCCCAUUAUAAAAUAUUUUUACAAGCAUUUAUUUACAUUGUAAUGAAUUAUUUUUAUACGCUCAACAUAUUGACCUAUAAAAUAUGUAUUUGAUUAUGCGUCCAUUUAGUAGUGUGUGUAUCUAUAAAGGCCUGACCUCCCUUAUGGAGGUAAAUAACAGCAAUCACCUGAAAUGUGAUGGCUAGCUCAUCCUUCCAGUGCUUGCAUGAGAUUUGUAAGAAGCCCCAUAAUCUAAAUUUAGCAAAUAAAUUAUUUAAAUAUUAAGGUGUAAUUGCAGCAAAUAAGAUGUAAUUUUUAUCGCUAAAAUAAUAAAACUGAUAUAAGCAAACCA